CUACAUCCUGCACUAUCCUCUGUACCUCGGCCCGACAUUCUGCAACAGUUGUUGACUGACAUCAAUGACCUUCAUCAAGGAAACGUGCAUGCUAAAUGGCGUGCUGGAAGGGGCGCUGAUAAAAGCCGUCGACUUAUUUUUCAGGUUAACUCGGAAGAGGAGAUGAGGACAGUUCACCCGCUACUACGUGAAUGGUUCCGUUCUCGUAAUUUCGCCUUCCAACAGGACCGAACUAGCAACCUUGGUGGACGACUUCGCAUUUCCUUUGAUCUCUUGCGUUCAGAGGACAUUGACACUGUAUUAACCGCGCCACCCUAUGUCAACCACCACACUUACCAUCCUACUCGCCCUCGAUUUGUUGAACCUACGUAUGGUGGAGAGAUUGCUAUCGGCGGAUGCGAGGUUCUCCAGAACCCUCAAGCUCAAUUUAAUGCGGAACUAAGAAAGAAAUAUGGGCAAGAUGUGGUUCGGUUCUCCCGUGUCGCUCUUGAAGGGAGCACUUACACCGUCGUUCUCCGUAACUGGCAAACAACUAACCAGUUCCUCGAGGAUUUUGGUGAGGGCCUCCCGUCCUCAUGGACUCGAUUCCGUAACAUCACCGUUGGUGUCCCUGACCUUCUGUAUCUUUUCAACUCCGUUGGAGCCCCAGCAAACCCUUCCCGUGCUGCAGGCUCUUCGUCACCUCAAGUGUCACACCUCCAAGUUCAGGUCGAUGAACUACGCAGACAAGGAGCAGAGACAGUAGGCACAGUUAAUCAGGUUCUUGCACAGACCUGGCGUGCUCUCGAGAAGCAAAACGAGGUUGCACAGCAAAUGAUGGCCUCUAUUUGCGCUGUUUCGACUUCUGCUGCGCUGUCCGCAAGAUAUGCAUCCCUUGAAUCUACCUGCGGCCGCCUUGAGGAGCGCAUGGUCCGUUACCGAGAGACCCUCGACGGAAAGCCUUCGUCUGCCCAGCGCGCUAGGAUGGACACUCUCUUAGCCGAGACGGAGCAUGACCAUGACCGGGUCGAGAAGGAAAAAGACACCAUUGCUCAGCAGCUGUCUGCCCUACAAUUUGCACAGGGAACGCAGUUCCUUGGUCAAUCCAUGCCUCAUCCCGCUCCUACUGACUCCUCUCAACCUGUGGGGCAUGGUGGUAAUGUCCCCAUGUCUCAUGAGAGGCCACCUCCUGAGGAGGAAGACAACCAUCGUUAUGAACCUCAUCAGCGCAUGUCUGAUGACGCUGCUUCUGUUCCUUCUCUGCCAUCUGGGCAGCAACCUUUUUCACCAGCCGGUCCGUCUCGUGAUCUGGACCGUAUGGAACAGGAGUAAAUGGGUGGACAGUGGGAGAGGUCAGAGUAUGGUGCAUGAGCGAGCAAAGCGGCGCUUGCUGUUAUGCCAAUGCCUUGUGUCCGUCGUCCGUGUUUUCGUACCAGCUUCACUUUCAGUACUUGUGUCUCGCUUCGCCUGCGUCUGCUAUUCUCUUCUACAUCUUCUGUUUGCUUUCGUUCAAUCUUUAUUUGUGAUCGCUUCGCCAGUGUCCUCCCGUGCUUGGAUUGUUCUUUUCGGUCUGCUCCUUCUUCCGAUGAUAGUUCAUGCGUCUCAUCCGCUUCACAUUGUAUCCCUUAAUGCUAAUGGCGUAGGAGACCUCAUGAAAUGUAAUGCAAUCUCCUCCAUGCUACAACAGCAUCGGCCAC